UCCACUCGGCAAGCGACCUCUCCUCCGUCUAUGUCUGCGAAUGGACGCCGGAUCACAUCCCCAUCUCAAGGCUGUCCGUGACCGCUCAGGCCGGCUCCCAGCGCACCAGCGUGCGCCGGUCGUGGAUAUCCGCCCUCGCGCGCGCGCCCAACAUAGGCCCGGCUCGUAAAAACAAGGCGAGGCAGCCCGGGAAGCGGAAGGAGCCUCCGAGGCCUACGGAGUCAAUGAUGGUGGCCGUUCCCAGUGUAGAAGCGCCAAGGACGUCUGACGGGCUAGGUGAGUCGUCGACGUUGUCAGGAGGUGAUACUCCCCUGGCAUGCUCGGACCAACCAUCAGACUUGGGCUCAAUCCCGUCCUGGAGCUCCUCUACUUCGAAGGGUGGCUCAGAUGGCAGCAAGAGGCUCGCCGUACGCGGUAUCGUCGGCGAGGGAGGCUCCGGCAAGGUGUUCUUGGUCCGGGACGUUAUGCAAGAACAAGACGUUGCGAUGAAGGUCGUACGAGUUACCGACUCGUCACUUCCCUUGGAGUAUCGUGGUGUCGUCACCGAGGUCAAGAUCUUGCGCAUGCUCAGCGAGGCCCCCCAGAAGUUCCUCCUGGAGCCUUACAUGGGGUGCACGCGGCGUGACUGGCUGACGCCUUUCGGCGACCUGCAUAUCCUAACGAAAUACUACGCUGGCGGCACCCUGGAGCAGUACCUGGGCCUGCUGAGCCACAGAGAAGUGUGGCUUGUCACCGCAGAGUUGGUCCUGGGCCUUAACUGGCUCCAUACGCAGGGACUCGUGCACCACGACCUGAAGCCAGCCAACGUCCUCGUCGGCAGCGACGGGCACUGUGCGAUCGCGGACUUCAACUCGUGCAGGCAGCUGAAGGACGGGAAGCUGCGGAGACGGUUCGUAUUCGACGAGGUGGUCUUCACCCAGAACUACGCCGCGCCGGAGUUGCUCCCUGACAGCAAUGGCGUCGAGCCGGAGUAUGACCAGUCGGUGGAUAUAUGGUCCUUGGGCGUCGUCGUCAGCGAGCUGCUCACCGGCGAGCUUUUUGGAGGUGUUAAUUCCUGUACGAAGGCUAACGUAGGCGGAUCGCGCGAUGAUGCGUUGUCGCAUAUGGCAGAUGCCGAAGGCGCAUGCAGUUACCUGGUUGAUCUAGUACGAGGGAUGCUCUCAGAGGACCCGAUCGAGCGGAUGGACAUCGCCGGUAUCUCUAAGUGUCCGGGCUUCGACCAACAUAUGUGGGUGGUUGUCGCUGCUUCGGUGUUGUGUCGCCUCGCUGACACGGGAGCAGGGGCAUCAAGUGGCAAGACGUCUUGCAGAAACGUGAACGAGCUAUCAGGACCGUCAUUCCUCUCAACGCCGAGAGGCUACCCUCCCACUCCGCGAAUGCUGCGCCUCCCGAAAGGGCCCGGAGUCAUGAAUGGCGUCGAUUCAGAGCGGAGUGUGGCAAGCAGGAUGUGCAUUUCGAGAACGUCGACGACGUCUGCGUCUGACGAUAUGGUCCAUAUGGCAUAGCAUAGCGUAUAUGUCCCAGUUAACAGGACAUCGAGCCUUGACUUGUACAAAAUUACCGUAAUGUCAUCCUAAUCUCUGUGCAUCGAAGUCAUGCGCUGUCUCGAUUGGAUCCAAGGACCGAAUAGCCGU